AUGUCGCCCUCGUCGCGCCUCGAGGCAAGGAGCCAGGCCAGGGCUAUCCCCCUCGUCACCAUUUCCCUCGCACGGGGUCAUCUCCGACAGACACGACUCGUUUCUUCUCAUGACAACAACCAGUCCGCGGUCGAGCAGGAUCUCGACCAGGACCAUGAUCGCACCCAAAACCAUAACAACAGCAACAACGGAGACCAUCCCCCGUCGUACGAUUCUAUCACCACAUCAUCGCCAGCAUCAUCAAGGACAACAGGAGAAGAGUCACUGCAGGAAAGUCGACUCGCUUCUCCGAGCAACGUCGCCCUGACCGAGGCCGUCCUCCACCUCUCCCGGACCCUGGUCACCCCCGCCCCACCCAAACCCCGUCCGCAGCCAUCCUGGCUCUUCAUGAUGAUCUACAGCUGGACCCAUACCCAAAAGACCGCCACCCGGCUCUACCACAUCCUGACCACACCCAGCAUACUCCUCCAGCACAUCCAGGGCCAAAACGACCAGGUCCACCACAAGAAACAGCGCAAGAGUAUUCAGCAAAUCACAGAGGAGCAGGACAGGAUGGAGGACGACCCCGAUAUGCGCUUUGGGGCAGUAACUGAAAUGGUGCCUGUCAGCAUGAUGAACACUCGCAGUGUAGCCUCCAUGGCUGACGAAGCAUUACCUCCGUCUUCUCAGGAUCCAAUGGAAUUGGCGUCAUCGUCAUUGCUCGGAGAUGAUUUUACGGAAGACUCGGCCUUGCCUCGGAAACCCAAGCGGCGGAUCGAAUCUUACGCCAACCCGUUUGCACCUACUACCAACGACUUUGACCCACAAGAGGACGACGAGGGCUGGCUCGGAAUGGGUGAGGAGUCUUCAGUGGAUGGCGUCACAAAGACCAACUCUGUCCGGUUGACGUCGCCAACGUUCUCCCAUGCAUUCCGAGGACAGAUUCCAGAUUUUACGACCUCGUCGCUCGGUCCAGCCAUGGACCCUUGUCAGUUUGAGAGCGAAUCUUCUCCACGGAGUGAUGCCCUCCCAGUACCAUCCUUUUCGACUGACUCAAUAUUCAACCGCUCCACGGGGGUCACCCUUGACCGCCCUUCAUCAAGGGCAUCGAUCAAUUCUCAAUCUACAGCAUCCAACUAUGUGACCCCACCGUCUUCGAUGGUUUCGCCUGCACCGUCGGCCAACUCGAACAGGACUCUUGUGUCUUUACAGACCCCACGACAGGAUAAAGUACCUUCUCACUGGGAGCAACAGGACACAAUUAUGACAACUGAACCCCAGGAGGAGGACGAGGAAGAACAAGGCAAUGAAUACCUCGUCUCUGCAGCAUCGUCGAUCUACCAUGACCUCCCCUCUGACGAGGAGUACCCGUCGGUAUGGUCUGAUCAGUCGAGUAGCUACCGUGAACAUCACCAGGCAGCUGCAAUUCAGUUCCCGACCAUUGUUCGAUCCUCCACGGCCUCGUUCACAGAUGUAUCGUCGUCCAUUGCCAUCAGCUCCGCUUCUCCACCGACACUCAUCCCUCCAGCCCCUCCCAUCUUAUCUUCGUCAGCCAGUAUUCGUUCCUUUGAAACCGCUCUCUCUAUCUCUUGA